AUGGGGAACAAGUCAUCGUCACAUGUUCCUCCGGUUUCCCGGGAUAUACGUCAGGUCUAUUUUAACGGAAUUCCGGCGCCUCCGCCGGGUCAUCCAGCUUACUUA